GAUGAAAGCACAUUCUGACCUGAACACAUCACAAGCUGACUUCUCUGUGAUCAUUUAGAUCACUGAUACUUUAAACACUGAAAGAUCUUUGGAGGAAUGAAUGCCAUGGACAACAUGACUGCUGACUACAGCCAAGACGACUACGACGAGGGAGUUAACAGCUCGAUGUGUGACUUUGAAGAGUGGGAACCGUCAUAUUCGCUGAUUCCUGUGCUCUAUAUGCUUAUCUUCAUCCUGGGCCUCACUGGAAACGGCGUGGUCAUCUUCACCGUAUGGCGGGCACAGUCCAAACGAAGAGCUGCGGAUGUCUACAUUGGAAACUUGGCUCUUGCUGACCUGACCUUUGUGGUGACCCUGCCUCUGUGGGCCGUCUACACCGCUCUGGGAUACCACUGGCCGUUUGGCGUUGCCCUCUGCAAGAUCAGCAGCUAUGUGGUGCUGCUCAACAUGUACGCCAGCGUCUUCUGCCUCACCUGCCUGAGCCUGGACCGCUACAUGGCCAUCGUUCACUCCCUCACCAGCACACAGCUGCGGACCAGAGGACACAUGCGGGCCUCUCUGGCCACCAUCUGGAUUCUCUCAGGUGUGCUUGCUGCACCCACCUUGCUGUUUCGCACCACGGUGUACGACGCAGAGACCAACCGCACCUCCUGCGCCAUGGACUUCAGCAUGGUGAGCAAACCGGGUCAGGAGACCUUUUGGAUCGCCGGACUUAGCAUCUCCUCCACCGCUCUCGGCUUUCUGAUCCCGCUUCUGGCCAUGAUGGUGUGCUACGGAUUCAUCGGCUGCACCGUCACACGUCACUUCAACAGCCUGCGCAAGGAAGACCAGCGCAAGCGCCGUCUGCUCAAGAUCAUCACCACGUUAGUCGUGGUGUUUGCUGCAUGCUGGAUGCCCUUCCAUAUCGUGAAGACCAUGGACGCCCUUUCGUACCUGAACCUUGCCCCUGAUUCCUGCACCUUCCUGCACCUCCUUCUUCUGGCCCAUCCUUACGCAACCUGCCUGGCGUACAUCAACAGCUGCCUUAACCCGCUCCUCUACGCCUUCUUCGACCUCCGCUUCCGCUCUCAGUGCCUCUGCCUCCUCAACCUGAAGAAAGCCCUUCACGCCAGUCCCCCCAGCUCCCUUUCUUCACAAAAGACCGAAGCCCAGUCGCUGGCUACUAAGGUGUGAGGAGGUGGGUGACAAGUCCGCAACUACCCUUGAACUGUUACACAAGAACUUUGUUGUUGGGGACAAGCAGACUUUCCUUUUGUAUCUGACUGUGGGAACUUGAGGAACCAGCUUUCCCUGUCCCGGGACUAUACGUAGGUACUCUGUGAACGUUCUGGUUCCGAAGAACUUGAUGCAGUCUGUUCACAAGCAGCCCGGAGAGCAGACCCCAUCCGACAGCUGCACUCCAGACGUGCGGGAGAACAAGCGAGGAGUUGCCUCUGGAGCUUCAUUGACUUACAUGGAGCUCCGGGGUGGUGGGUGGUCCACGGAGGGGUUCGAGAGCAAUUUAUGGACUCUUUACGUUUGAAACUGUAUUAGUGCAUUUAACCAUGCUCCUUACCGUCUUGUUUUUCUCAGUUGCUUGUUUAUUUUUUUGUCCUUUAAGCACUUGUUCGUAAGGGGCAGAGAUAAGAACCCCAGUGGCCAGUCUGUCUUAUCUAAACCGUCAAGAUUGGGGAGGGAGGGAUGGGUGCUUUACUUGAGAAGAAGUGUUGCAGCUUGAUUAAAGACUUUCGGGGGGGGGAGGUGGGUGUUUUGGGGGAGACAAAAACAUGGAGGGGGUGAACUCAGACAGACAGAUGGCAGUUGACAAAUGUUGUCGGGGAAAAGGGACGUCCAAUUAAUAGGUGGCAGCUUUGACAGAUGAGAUACUGUGUGUGUGAGCUAAUGAAAUGUGAUGAAUUUUUUAUUUUGACAUAACCUUGUGGAAAAAAAAAACAACAACUGCUGUAUGAUGCUUUUAUGCAGUACUUUAUGAAUAAAACGUAUAUUAUGAA